UACAGAUUACUUAUAUGACGUUCCUAUGGCAAAUUGAACAUGUCCUCCAACGCAGCAGCAACAACACCAACAAUAAAAUCACAUUUACAAAAAUCUUGUACUAACAACAAUUCCCAAAGUUUGCCUCGUUUGACUGCAACCUGUGCUGGCUGCCUCAAUGAAUUAUAUUCCUCAAACGAUGAGGACUACACCAUAGCCUUGGGCCAGGAAUGGCACACAGACUGCUUUCGCUGUUCGGUAUGCGACAAUCACUUACACAAUUGGUAUUUCGAAAAGGAAGGUUUGCUAUUCUGUCGAGAUGACUACUACCAACGAUUCGGUGAGGCAUGCCAACACUGUAGCAAUUAUAUAUCCGGCCCUGUUAUGGUGGCUGGCGAUCACAAAUUUCACACGGAAUGUUUUUGCUGUACGAACUGUCGAGCGUUCAUCGGCUAUGGCGAAGCAUUUGCUUUGCUGGAACGUUCAAAACUGUAUUGUGACACUUGCUACAAGAAACUGACAAAUUCCGCAAGUCCGGCUUUUGAGAGCGUCAAACCACUACACUCGAUUCGGUUAGUGGAAAUACCAAAAGAUGUCACACCAAGCUUGCGGUUAUCCGUUGAUAAUAUAAAUGUGGCACAGCGUCAUCAUCAUUUGAGCAAUGCGGAUAAUUGGUAUGGCCGCGUAUACAAUUCAGCAUCAACAUCGACAGUAGAUGGAAAGGCUGGCCUUCUGACAGGCAGUUCUUCGGAAUUAUGCCCGGCUGUUCGCAUUUCUGAACUCAUUUGUAGAGUUUAUGGACGUGUUGGCAAAUACGUUUUCUCCCUAAUCACAUCGGUUAUUGAUCAGUGUUGUGGGGCUUAUAGAAUUGAUGUAAAUCUCACCAACCUGCAUGUGGGAGAUCGUAUAUUGGAGGUGAACGGUACACCGGUUAGUGACAAUUCCAUCGAGCAAAUCGACAAAAUGAUACGCAGCACAGAGAUCCUGCAGCUGACGGUGGAGCACGAUCCCUUGUCGGUGUGUCGCAGCUGCAGUAAUGUGGAUAUCAAAAAAGUCACCAGCGAAGUGUCCUUGCCCUUGGCAACCUCUGCAUCGAGUGUUGAAGUGUUUGGACGUACCUACGAGAGUAGCGGCAGCACAAGCACAGCCACCACAGCAAUAAGCCACAAUGACGGUGGCUCGCCUACACGUCUAACGAAACAGGAUAAGGAACGAAUCUACAAGAGAAAAGAUGAGGGCUACAUUAGUGGAACCAAAACACGACAACUGCGAAAAUACAAGAACCUCAACCAAAUGGCUGCAAGCGAUUUGCUAAAUAAUACCUCGAACAGCGAAACGAACAGUACGACGUCAAUUUCAUUUCGUGGCAAGGAGAGGUGUUCAAGCAUGUCAAAGCUCAUGGGUGAACAUCAUCCUGACCAAUCACAGGAAAUGAACGAUUUAUCCAGGACAAAGUCCUUUCGUGUGGAACAACAAUCUUCGCGUAUAUUUCGUCCCUCUGAUCUGGUGGUCGGUGAAAUGUUGGGCAAAGGCUUCUUUGGCCAGGUAUUCAAGGUUACACAUCGUAAUACCAAGGAGGUCAUGGUGUUGAAAGAGCUCUACCGCGUAGAUGAAACUGCCCAGGAGAAUUUCCUCAAGGAAGUGGCCGUUCUUAAGUCUUUGAAUCACAAGAAUGUGUUGAAAUUCAUUGGAGUACUGUACAAGGACAAACGAUUGCACUUGGUUACCGAAUAUGUGGCCGGGGGUUCGCUGAAGGAACUGUUACAUGACUCCGGAUUGCCUCUCACGUGGACAGAACGAAUUUCAUUUGCCAAAGAUAUAGCUUGUGGAAUGUGUUAUCUGCACUCCAAAAAUAUAAUCCAUCGGGACUUGAACUCGUUGAAUUGUUUGGUUAGAGAAGACAAAACCAUAAUUGUGGCCGAUUUUGGAUUGGCGCGAAUUAUCAACACCUCACUGAGUACAAAAUGCACAGAGCCGACACAAACGGACAGUAGUGCCAGCAAAACGGGUACAUGGGGCAGGAGUAAAAGUCGACAGCGUAGGCAACGUUACACGGUGGUGGGCAAUCCCUAUUGGAUGGCUCCCGAAAUGAUGAAAGGUCAUAUCUACGACGAGAAGGUUGAUGUCUUCUCGUUUGGCAUUGUGUUGUGCGAGAUCAUUGGACGUGUCCAAGCGGAUCCAGAUUUUCUGCCACGCACAUCUGACUUUGGCCUAAAUCAAAAAGUGUUUCGUGAAACAUUUUGCAAUCAAUGCCCCGAAGCCUUCUACAAAAUAACAUUUCUCUGCUGUGAUUUAAACCCAGACAAGAGACCCUCGUUUGAGAUACUGGAAGUGUGGCUGGAUAGUUUGAAAACAUUUAUAUCAUCCAAUCAGCCUGUGCCCCAUGAACUGCUGUAUGACAUAGAUAGCUAUCAAGGUGGCAGUAUUUGUUCAACGCCUGUGGAUAUUCUAACGCCGAAAUCCAAUUUAAGUCGUGAUAAUUUAGAUGAAGUUGGGACGCCGGGUAAACCAAUUUUCCCCACUGCAGAUACUCCAAAAGAAGAUGCGCUGGGUGAUGCGUUUGAGGAUAACAAACAGGAUAGUAACUUCCUGCUGCCGGAUGGCAUACCAAAAUCUCCACAUUUGGGUAAAGAUUUCUCACCGUCUGGAGAACGUAUUCACAACAGUAUGCGGGCCAGAAGAAGGCAACGUUUCUUACAGGCACAGAACACACUGAGCUCAGUUGAAAAUCAAAGCACUGAGCGUGUUUUGGAAGCUGUCAAAGAAACACUGCAAAAUGAUAGUCACAAAAGUAAAACAGCACAGCAUAAACGCAACCUGGACAGAGGUUUCAUAUUGGACAUAAAUCGCAGUGGCAUUUUGCACAUCAACAAUGUCAGAGAUUUGAAUAAUCUUUCAGACUUUGAUUCGAGUUGUGAUACCAGUCUCAAUUACCAUGAAGUCAAUGUCAGUAUGGAUGAGACACCAAUUCCAAGGGAGAGUAGUAAGCCUGAGGAGGAAACGAAAAAUCCAAACUCUCUCACUACGACAAAAGAAGAAGUGGGAGAGGAAUUUAAAUCUCCAGAUUUGGGAAUUGAGAAACAGAAAGAAAACGAUGAGAAUGUACUAAUAAGCCAAAAUAGCCAAAUAGCAGCUAAUGAGGAACAGAAAUCUCUGGAUUCUCUGAACAAUAUUAAACGUAAUCUUGCCGAUAAAUCGUACAAAGUAGCUCUUGAAGAUUUUAGAACGCGUUUGAAUCUGUGUAAAACUAAAUUUGAUGCCAUAGAGGAAGCUAACCGUAAGAAUUUUAACAACUCACAAAACUCAAUGCGAUCUCUGUUCAAAAUAAACACAUCGGAGGAUGUUUUCAAAUCGCCACCUGAGUCUUUGAAAAUGUUCCAGCGUUUGAAGUCAACGAAAUCAGCCGAUAGUCCCGAUGGUGUGAAGAACACAUACAGGGUUAAUCAAACACCGGUGUUUGGUCGCAAAUUGACACCACAAAAGCCGACAGAAUUCUAUAAACCCCAUUCGGAUUCUUUGGAAAAUUUAGAUAAAAUCUCGCUAAUCGAUCCGCAGAAAAAUGAAAAGAAAGAAACCAGUCCGGCGAAAAGAGCAAAACUACCCAAAGAGGGAACAUUUAAAAGCUACAUAACAUCGUUGGAUAUAACACCGACGACAACGUCGCCAUUGGAGGAGUCCGCACCAACGAAUCAGACCAAAAAGACUCUUGGUGGUAGUGGUAGGCUGAAGGUGUCAAGUAAUUUGUUAAGUUUACGUAGAACGCUGAAUCUGGCAUCACCCACCAGAAAUGAGGAGACAAAAAGUUUUAGUCGACGCACGCUGUCGCCGACCAAAUCGAGUGAAGCCAAACGUGUGUCAGCCACAAAGCCACCAGAUUUACCCACAACAGCAUCUAGAAAUCGUAGUAUCGCAACACAAUCAACAAAACCCAGUAAUCGCCUUACUAUUUUAAGUCCGGAAAAAGUGCAUCGUUUAAAUGCCAAAUUGACCGAUCAGAAAAAACAAUCGCUGUCAUCCUCAAAUGCCAAGACAAACAAUAUUCAUACCAACAGCAACAACAACAAUAAUAAUAGUAAAGUUAAUGAAAUUAGAUCAACGGAAACAUAUACCACCGCAUCAUCAUCGUCUUCACCAUACACAAAAUCAUCACCACCGUCCACAUUUCUUUCAUCAUCAUCGUCAUCUACAACAACAACCACCACAACCUCAUCAACACACAUUAAUCGAAAUUCCGAACAUGAAACGACAAAAGCCCAGAAACGACAACCUGUUUCGAGGUCUCAAUUCUUUACCAAAUGUUAA